GAUUAUUAUUCCACCACACUCCGAACAUUAUCAAGCAUCCCCCCACUCAAACAAACAAUCUUCCUUCCAGCUAUAAACAUGAGAUAUAGCCAACCCCUCCUAGCCAUUUCCGGCAUUAUUGCCUCAGCAGCGUCCACAACCACCUCGUUUCCUGCCAAUUUCACCCUAAUCUCCACACUUGAUAACUCAGUACUGACUACCGAUGGUUGGGGUAUCUACGACAGCACCACAGGAACUACAUUGACGUUAUCUCCCUACAGAGACGGUACCAUCGGCUACGGGCCCUACGGUCAGGCACUGGCCGUGCUCGCCGAUCAGACCUCAGUUGCUUGGAUCAUCCAACUCCAGGCCGAGCCCGAGGCUGACGACACGGUGACAGGUUGGGGGGUCUCGGAUGAUGGGUUCUUAGUGCUGAACGGAGAGCAGUUGUGGGCGUUUAAUGAGAGCGCCGCGGAGCCAAGAAGGCUGUAUUGGGUCGGCGACGGAAAUGAGCAGGGGCUAGUCAGUACACAGCUAUUUGUGCAAAGUGCGGUGUAAAAUCUAGAAAGGGCUUGGGGCUUUGGACAUACCUGUAAAGUUCUCUUUAUGGUAGUAGCCCCCCCUGCUGAUGGUAGCAGCGCCACGAGUGAUAGCUGCUAUACUGGCUAUCAAGAUUACAAGCGGGUUCUAUACCAUAAGGGUACUUAUAUUCUAGUUUAAUACUAUUAAAGUAUCGGAUUAAAAGUUACUGCUCAGAGUAACUUUAAGAAGUUGUAUAAUAUUCAAAAGCAAUUAGUGUGG